UUGUACGAAGGUUUAAUAUAUUUAGGAUUUGGCAGAUUGGUGCAGGAUAACGCACCAGCCCAUACAAGCCGUACCCUAAACAAGUUUGAAGAACGGGAUAUAGAGACCUUGGAUUGGCUGGCAGAGUCUUCUGAUUUAAAUCCUAUCGAACUUGUGAAGCAGCGCAUUCGAAAUCUUGACGAUUUGAAGGUAGCGAUUGUUUCGUAUUGGAAAACCAUAAUACCAGAGACGUGCAAGAAAUACAUUAGUGGAGUCGGGAGGAAAAUGAAUAGAGUCAAUGAACAAGGAGGAAGAAACAUGAAUGGAGAUGAACAGUAA